UAGACUGCUGUCGAACUGUUGUGAAUGUCUCUCCACCUGUGAGUGCUUACAGUAAAAUGGCAGAAUCCAGUGUUUCUUUGGCUCAGGAUCAGUUCAGCUGUUCAAUCUGUCUGGAUCUACUGAAGGAUCCAGUGACAGUUCCCUGUGGACACAGUUACUGUAUGAGCUGUAUUACAGGCUGCUGGGAUCAGGAUGAUCAGAAGGGAGUCUACAGCUGCCCUCAGUGCAGACAGACCUUCACUCCAAGACCUGUUUUAGGUAAAAACACCAUACUGGCUGAAGUGGUGGAGAAAAUCAAGAAGACAAAACUCCAAGCUGCUCAUCCUGCUCAAUGUUUCCCUGGAUCUGGAAAUGUGGAGUGUGACCUCUGUACUGGGGACAAAAACAAAGCCAUCAAAUCCUGUCUGGUGUGUCUGGAAUCGUACUGUAAAAAUCAUCUUGAACGUCAUGAAGAAUUUCACUCUGGAAAGCGACACAAGUUGACUGAUGCCAAUGGACAACUGCAGGAGAUGAUCUGCCCUCAACAUGAUAAACUGCUGGAGAUUUUCUGUCGUACUGAUCAGCAGUGUAUUUGUUAUCUUUGCAUGUUGGAUGAACACAAAACCCAUGAAACCGUAUCAGCUGCAGCAGAGAGGACUGAGAAACAGAGACAAUUGGGUGAAAUGCAGAGAAAAUAUCAGGAGAGAAUCCAGGAAAGACAGAAGGAGCUUGAGGAGCUGAGAGAGGCUGUAGAGUCUCACAAGCGCUCUGCACAGGCAGCAGUGGAGGACAGUGAGAGGAUCUUUACUGAGCUGAUCCGCUCCAUUGAGAGAAGCCGCUCUGAGGUGACACAGCUGAUCAGAGAUCAGGAAAAGGCUUCAAUGAGUCGAGCUGAAGGACAACUGGAGCAACUGGAGCAGGAGAUUGAAGAUCUGAGGAGGAGAGAUGCUGAGCUGGAGCAACUUUCACACACAGACAAUCACAUCCAUUUCCUCCAGAGUUUCCAGUCUCUCUCUGUUCCUCCUGGAUCUACAGACUCGCCCAACAUAACUGUCUGUUCUCGUCUCUCUUUUGAUGAUGUUGGUGAAUCUGUCACACAUCUGAGAGAGAAACUGGAACAUUUCUGCAGAGAGGAGAUAGAAAAGAUUCAUGAUAAAGCAAAAUAUAUUGAGAUCAUUCCCACCCCUGAAUACAAGAGAAGGAACGAGUUUCUACAGUAUUUUUUCCAGUUCAGAGUGGAUUCAAACACGGUACAUAAAAACCUCCGUCUGUCUAAGGGGAACAGAGUGAUAAAAUACACUUCUGAAAAACAGAGGUAUCCUGAUCAUCCAGACAGAUUUGACACUGUGGAGCAGGUGUUGUGUAGAGAGAGUGUGUAUGGACGCUGUUACUGGGAGGUUGAGUGGAGUGGUGAGGUGGACAUAUCAGUGUCAUUUAAGAGCAUCAGCAGGAAGGAAAGGGGUGAUUAUAAUGAUGACAGUUGUGACCCAUGUGAGUUUGGACGUGAUGAUCAGUCCUGGAGUUUGUUCUGCUCUGACUCUCGUUGCUCAUUCUGGCAUAAUAACGAAGGGACUGAAUUCCCUGUAGUCUCCAGCUCCUCUAGAAUAGGAGUGUAUGUGGAUCACAGUGCAGGAACUCUGUCCUUCUACAGCGUCUCUGACACAAUGACCCUCAUUCACAGAGUCCACACCACAUUCACUCAGCCUCUCUAUGCGGGGUUUGCGAUUUAUGAUGACUCAGUUGUGAAACUGUGUGAGAUAUAAAAAUAGAGGAUGCAUACAGUAUACUGUGCAAACAAUAUUGUCAAACAGCUUUAAUCAAUAAAUCAAUAUACUACAGCUGAACUUAUGUUAUUAAAAACAAGUUCAUUAAAUAUUAUUAGAGCUGAAAUAUUUAAUCAGAUUGAUUUAUGUAAGGGAUCAUGUACAUCCAGCCAGUUGUUAUCUCAUAAUAAACCCUGACAGGGCGAUCAGGACCCCGAUGCGAAGCGGAGGGGUCUUGUAUCGGCCUGAAGGGGUUUAUUCUGAGAUAACAACCGGCUGGAUGUACAUUAUACCACUUAUUACACGGCUAAAAAGAUUUGUUUUUACCAUAUAUGUUGAAAUGAAUGCUGAAGUAUUCCAUUGUAACACACGGUGGUUAAGUGUUUUCAGUCACAAGAUGGCGCGAGGCAGUCAACGAUAGUGGAGUGACUCAUUAAGCAUAUAAGUAGUACUGGUCAAGAUAACUCGUAGUAUCCGGAUGAGCGGUGUGUUAUUCAAUUUGGCGGUUGUUAUCUGGGAAUAACAUACCACUGGAUGGCGCGAUUGACCAAUCAGAAUCAAGUAUUCCACA